GUCCUCUCUUUUCUCCUCUUUGUCAAGUAGUGCCUGAAGACGGUUUUAUUGGUUUUCUCUGGAGAAAGUGACAGUUAGGGGAAGGGGGAGCGGUUGACAAAGUGCCCAGGUAGCAUAGACUUCCAUGAUGGCACCAGCCCCGCGCACGGUGUGGGUACUUCUCGCGCUGUCCGGUGUCCUGAAUGUGCGCUCCUGCUGGACUUUUACUUGUCCUUCCAUUUGCGAAUGUUCAAUGAAGAGCGAUACAUGUACCUCAAACGGGAGAGAAACAGGAGAGAAACUCAGCUGCACGAAGGAAACGCAACUAAGGUCCCGAGUCGGUCCUUCGUUUAUUCGAAACGUAAGACUAAUUCAUCUGCCACUGACAGAAGUUUCAAGCAAUGCCUUCAGGGGACUGAUCAACGUGUCCAGAAUUGAGAUCUCUCAGAGUGACUGCAUCAGGAACAUAAGAAACCAUGCAUUCCUUCUCCACAGCUUGGCUGAGAUACAGAUACAGAACAUCAGAAAUCUGAUCAGUAUAGAGAAGGGGGCCUUCACUGAUCUGCCCAGGCUGAGAUACCUGAGUAUCUGUAACACAGGAAUAAUACAUUUUCCUGACUUCUCCACCAUGUCCUCUUUGGUGAUACUGGAUAACUUCUUCCUUGAGCUGGGAGAUAACAUGCAUCUCGACAGCAUACCUGCCAAUGCCUUUCAAGGUAUCACAGAGGAGAGUGUGUACAUGAAAAUUAUAAAAAAUGGAUUCAAGGAAAUCAGGUCACACGCUUUCAACGGAACAAAUCUGGAUAAACUGAUUCUGAAAGGAAACAGGUAUCUGAGGAACAUCCAUGAAGAUGCCUUUGAGGGGGCCUCAGGGCCAAUUAUGCUUGACAUCUCCUCCACAGCUCUCCACACCCUCCCCCGUCGAGGCUUGGGACAUUUGAAGGUCCUGAUUGCCCGUUCUACCCCUUACCUGAAGACUCUACCCCCUCUGGAAAGCCUCUUAGAGCUAGAGGUGGCAGAGGUCACUUACCCCAGCCAUUGCUGUGCCUUCCACACUUGGCGACGCAAACACAGGGAAAAAGUUGUCCUUGCACUCUCUCCAAACCUCAGAAGGCUGUGCGAUGACGAUAAAAUCAUGGACCCAUCAGCAGACAAUGUAACAGACCUGUAUGACAUCAACCUCCAAUACCCAGACCUGCAGCUGAGCCUGUGUCCUGGACCCUUCCAGUGCACCCCAGAGCCUGAUGCCUUCAACCCCUGUGAGGACCUGCUGGGGUACUCCUUCCUCCGUGCAGUCACCUGGCUCAUUACGGUGUUCGCUGUGGCUGGGAACAUGACCGUGCUGAUUGUACUGAUCACCAGUCACCAGAAGCUUAAUGUCUCCCAGUUCCUGAUGUGUAACCUGGCCUUCGCAGAUCUCUGCAUGGGGCUCUACCUCCUCCUCAUUGCAGCCAUGGACUACCACUCCCGCAAGGAGUACUAUAAUCACGCUACGGACUGGCAGACGGGCGGGGGCUGUGGCGUGGCGGGGUUCUUGACGGUGUUCGCCAGCGAGCUAUCUGUCUACACGCUGACCAUGAUAACGUUAGAGCGGUGGCACACCAUCACCAACGCCAUGCACAUCAACAAGAGGCUGCGGCUGAGGCAUGUAGUGAUCAUGAUGGCUGGAGGGUGGGGUUUCUCCCUAUUGGCCGCUCUGCUUCCCAUCCUGGGGGUCAGCAGCUACACUAAGGUGUCGAUCUGCCUGCCCAUGGACAUCGAGUCCCUAGCCUCUCAGGUGUAUGUUGUAGCCCUCCUCCUCCUCAACGUCGCUGCCUUCUUCAUCAUCUGCUGCUGCUACGUACGUAUCUACAUGUCCAUCCACAACCCCGACCUAGCAACCCGCCACGGCGACGCCAGGAUCGCCAAGCGCAUGGCCAUCCUCAUCUUCACUGACUUCCUCUGCAUGGCACCCAUCUCCUUCUUUGCCAUCUCGGCGGGUCUUCACAUGCCCCUCAUCACCAUCUCCCACUCCAAGAUCCUCCUCGUCCUCUUCUACCCAAUCAACUCCCUCUGUAACCCCUUCCUCUACACCAUAUUUACUCGAGCAUUUCGGAAGGAUUUGUGUCUAUUGUUGAGUCGCUGUAGUUGUUGCCAUGCCAGAGCAGAGUUCUACAGGGCACAGAACCUGGCAACAAACACUAUACCGCCUAAGGGUAGGUCUACAUCCCCCAGAAAGCCUCACUCUUUCAGGUUCUAUGCCUACCACAUCAAGAUGCAGGGAUGCUUCCUCAGCAAGGGAGGUGGAGUGUGUGACUAGUCUCAGUCAGUCAGAACUAAGGGUACAGCCACAUUGAGAUUUUGGUCACGUGGCCCUGCUCAGACGUUGCGUCAACCAAUGGCUGCGUGCCACAUCAUUGACAGUGUCGUCAACUGACAGAUCGCUGUGACAUAUGUGGUUAGCUAAUACGUAAAAUGCCUAUCCAGACAUUGUAAGAUCUGGCAUGUGUCAGCAACGCCUGGGCAGAGAACACACCCUGAAAAUUCCAGAUUGAGCCAAUGGUUUUUCAAUGGGAGUCAUCCGUUAUCCAGAUGAAUGACAACAGAUUGUCUGUCAAAAAUACACAAAGCAUUCAAUUCAACUUUUGAUGAGAAAAAACGGGCAAUGAUGUAUGUCAUAUACAAUUUCAUCCUUGUUUAUGCAUCUCGUUGUUCAGGCCCUUUGAUAGGCAAGCGUCCUGUCCAAGGGUUGUACUGUACAUUAAAGCUGCCUCACACUACAGAAAGAGAGGCUCCUGCCUCUAUGAGUUUUUCUGGCUUGCACAAGCCACGCCUCAAUGUGGCCAUAGCCUUAAUCUCUGUUGUAACAAGGUGAUUGAGCAUCUGUGCCCCUCCCUUGUCGAUUAUGGCAGCCCCCCGCACCUCUCUGAUUCAGAGGGGGUGGGUUAAAUGCGGAAGACACAUUUCAGUUGAAUGCAUUUAGUUGUACAACUGGUAUCCCCCUUUCCCGUCAUUGUAAAUGACAUUGUAAAUAAGCAUUUGUUCUUAACUGACUUGCCUAGUUAAAUAACGGUUAAAUUAAAAAAAAUAAAGACAAGCACAUGGGAGUUCUCUGGGCAGGCCAUAUCAGGGAAGGAGCUGCUUCUGGCCUCCAAGCUGCCAUGCUGGUUUGGCGUGAACGUGUUUUAGAGUAUUGUUGUUGAGCGUAAUAAUGUAAAAAGUAAAGUGCAUUGUUUGUAAGUUGAUGUGGCAGAUUGGAGCCCAACAAGUUAUAGCACAACCUUUUCAUUGCUAAUACUGUAUUUUUCCUUGUGUACAUUUUAAAGGGGAAGGCCCGUUUUGUAUAUGUGUACAUUUUAUAGGGGAAGGCCAGUUUGCAUUUGUGUACAUUUUAUAGGGGGAGGCCAGUUUGUAUUUAUGUAUGUUUUAAAGGGGAAGGCCAGUUUGUAUUUACGUAUGUUUUAAAGGGGAAGGCCAGUUUGUAUUUACCUUAAGUCUGAUGCAUUGGUAGCUUAUAGUAAUGUCAACACGUGCAUUUCCCUUAUGUUUAAUUGAAACUUGUAAUAAACUAUAUUUUUGUAA